UCUGUAUUGAGCACAGGUAAAGACGGAUAAGAGAAGUCCGGUGGGGCGAGCGGCGGUGCUCGGGGCUAUGUCAGGAUACUAACAAUCCGGGAUCACAGGGGGUCCGGCCGGGGACAUCGGAGCAUCUGACGGGGGGUUCUGCUCAUCGUGGACUACUGCUGAACUUACUGCGCCUAUGGGGCACCGGCACCGAACCGUCAACUUCACUAUUGAAAAGUGCCAUGGUGACGGGCAGCCGUGCCAGUGCCGGAUAGGCUGACCUGUGCCAGGACACCGGGCAUCACCUGUAACUUAUUAUAACACUGGGGAUCGCCAUGAAAUCACAGCAGCGCUAUUACCGGCAGGAGUAACACCGAGUACCGGGGACAGUCCGCAGCACUAUUCUUAUUUCUCCUGACAGGAUCCAAAGUUCACUUGUUCCCUUUCCUGCAGAAGGCUUUGUCCAUGUUCAGCACAUGGCUCGGUGCUGGGGAACCAGAAAACCAGUGACAUGAAGACGCUAUUCUAAAGUUUAGAAGUAAAGUCGCACCCCUGAAGAGGUACAGGAUGUCGCCCCCCUGAAUACAGUUUUCAAUAAUUCCGGCUGUUGUUAUAGGUGCUCAUCCAGUAAAGACAUGGCCAGACUAAAUCCUGGAGUUUUUGUAGUGGGCCUUCUGUUCAUCCUUCAGGUACCUACGCCAGUUUUUAUGGCAUCCAAAGCAAUAGUCUGUCAAGAGAUUACGGUGCCCAUGUGUAAGGGUAUUGGAUACAAUGACACCUAUAUGCCCAACCAGUUCAACCACGACACUCAAGAUGAAGCCGGCUUGGAAGUGCAUCAGUUUUGGCCUUUGGUGGAAAUUCAAUGCUCGCCUGAUUUGAAGUUUUUCCUCUGUAGUAUGUAUACGCCUAUUUGCUUGGCUGACUACAAGAAACCUCUUCCACCAUGCCGAUCUGUAUGUGAACGAGCUAAAGCGGGGUGCUCGCCACUCAUGAGACAAUAUGGGUUUAGCUGGCCAGAGAGAAUGAACUGUGACAAACUUCCGCGACAUGGAGACCCAGAAAACCUCUGUAUGGAUUAUAACAGGACUGAGACCACCACACUUCCACCCUUAUUUGUAAAACCAACUCACCCACCUAAAGGACCAAAACACUUGACUCCUCUCCAUAGUCAGAAGCAACCAAACAGUGACUGUGAAGGGGUAUGCAAAUGCAGAGAGCCUUUUAUCUCCAUAACAAAAGAGUCCCAUCCCCUGUAUAAUAGAAUCAAGACAGGCCAGGUGCCGAACUGUGCCAUGCCAUGUUUCCAGCCCUACUUCACCCAGGAUGAGAAGACAUUUGCUACUUUCUGGAUAGGGUUGUGGUCCAUCUUGUGUUUCAUCUCUACCUUUACUACUGUGACCACAUUUUUGAUUGACAUGGAGAGGUUUAGGUACCCCGAACGGCCCAUCAUCUUCUUAUCUGCUUGUUAUUUCUUUGUAUCUAUCGGCUACAUUGUCAGAUUUAUAGUAGGUCAUGAAAAUGUCGCCUGCAACAGGGACCACAUUCACUAUGAGACAACAGGACCAGCCCUCUGCACAAUUGUUUUUCUUCUGAUCUACUUCUUUGGAAUGGCCAGUUCUAUCUGGUGGGUGAUCUUGUCUUUUACAUGGUUUCUGGCUGCUGGCAUGAAGUGGGGUAAUGAGGCCAUUGCCAGCUACUCUCAGUAUUUCCACAUGGCAGCAUGGCUUAUACCAAGCAUCAAAUCCAUAGCUGUCCUUGCCCUAAGUUCAGUGGAUGGCGAUCCUGUGGCCGGAAUCUGCUAUGUGGGGAACCAAAACCUGGACAAUCUACGUGGAUUUGUGUUGGCUCCACUAGUAGUAUACCUGUUUACAGGAACAAUGUUUCUAUUAGCCGGCUUUGUCUCACUCUUCAGAAUUAGGAGUGUUAUUAAACAGGGUGGUACCAAAACAGACAAACUGGAAAAACUGAUGAUCAGGAUAGGUAUAUUCAGUGUACUGUACACCGUACCUGCAACCAUAGUGGUCGCCUGUUAUAUUUAUGAACAGCACCACAGGGAAUUUUGGGAAAAAUCCCACAACUGCUCAUGUUCUGGGGACAAAAAGAGAUCCAGGCCUGAGUAUGCAGUUUUUAUGUUAAAGUACUUUAUGUGUCUAGUGGUCGGCAUCACUUCAGGGGUAUGGAUUUGGUCUGGAAAAACUUUAGAGUCUUGGAGAAGAUUCACAAGUAGAUGUUGCAGAAGCAGCAAAUCUAUCAAUGCCUUAGCAUACAGUGAAGCCAGCACAGCACUAACAACAAGGACUGGUUUGCCAAGUUCAGCUUUAUACCACAAACAAGUGCCAAUGUCUCAUGUCUGAACAAUGCCCUUUGCACUGCAGAACAUCUCGACUUGCAUUUUGUAAGCUAUGGUCCCUGCCACGGUUUCUUAUUGUCUGUGUUACUGCUAUGUACUAUUUCAUUCUUUGACAAUCCAUACAUUGCAACACUUUUUUUUUUUUUUCCAUUCAGAAUUUUUUAAGUAGAAGUCCCUUUAUUUAGAGUAGACUUUUUACGUGUUCUGAAGUGCGGAGUCUGAACACAAGCAAUUGUGUGCACGUCUCCAGGACACUAAUAUAUUCACAUCUGGCUUCUCUACAAUCUAUUUCAUCAGGUUGUAAUUUCAUUACUUCAUAAUAUAUCAGUGGAUAAAAUGUGUAACCUGUAGCCAUGUGAUGCUGAGCAGGGUUGUUUGUAGGUGGACCAUAGAAGAGCUUUAGCUAUAUAAAUGCCGUCCUGUGUUACCAUAUCUUCUGCUUGUGAGGAGGAGGCCUUUUUUUUAAUCAUUCCCUAUAUCCAAAAUAGGAAAAUCUUACACAAUCCACUAAGUGUAUGGCUUUCUGCUGUAAAGCAGCCAAAAAAUGCAUACCUUAAAGUGACACUGCCAUGGAGAACAAAAUGGAAAUGAGCAUUUCAUCCCAAAAAAAACUUAAAGGUAAUGCCCUUUUGGAAUAUUCAGUUUCGUUUGGUAUUGCAAUGACCAUAUAGAGAAUUAGGAGUGUUAUUAAACAGGGUGGUACCAAAACAGAAAAACUGGGAAAACUGAUGAUCAGGAUAGGUAUAUUCAGUGUACUGUACACCGUACCUGCAGCCAUAGUGGUCGCCUGUUAUAUUUAUGAACAGCACUACAGGGAAUUUUGGGAAAAAUCCCACAACUGCUCUUGUUCCGGGGACAAAAAGCGAUGUUCUAUAGUUGUUAUAUGCAGGAGCCUAUGUGACCAAUAGUAGUAAGGACACCUGCAGGGCAUGAGCAGGCAUUACCUUUAAAAUCACCCAUACAGGGUAAUACUCUUGUGAUCUAAAUACGCAUGUAAUUCUAAUUCUACAUGAAUUUCACACUGGCUAGCAUAUUAGAUCUAACACUAUAGGUCUAUUAUUGUUCUGGUUUUGUUUUGUAUUGUUUUCCUUUAGAGGUAUGCAAAUUGAUUUAUUUUUUAUUUUUACACCCAUUCAUAAAAGAGAAAUAGUUGUGGCCACACAAUUUUAUGACUAUAUCUUGCCAUGUGUUCUGUGCACCUCCAAGAUCUCAAGAGUUAACAUCAAUUGUGUGUUUAGACUUGGAAAAAAAAAAAAGUGCAGCCGUGCUGCAUGAUGCAUUGUGACAAUCCGUUCUGUCACAUUUUGUAAUCUGUUAAACUGGUCACCAUGUCCUGUUCUCGUAUUUGUUUUACCAUUCAUUGUGCAUGCGGCCGUCCCACCUUUUUCUUUAUGUAUACACUGAAAACUUGUUCGUAUGAAUUCCACAUGCUUUGUGCUGUAUAGCUGUAAAACCAACAACAUAUCCAUGAAGUGAGGACGAUUGGCAGAGCGCAGAAUAAACGCGUCCUAGCCUUGUAUGGGAGAUGACACCAUUGUGUUUUAGAAAAGAAAUUAAGGGGGGAAAAAAACACACAUAUAUACUUUGCAGUUGUAGUGUGCGUGACGUCAGGUCUCUACCUUUGGGAACCAGUUUUACGCCUUUCUGAUCUAUAUUCUUCACUUGAUAUAGGGAGAAUUGGAAUCUUGCUCACUUGUUUAGGUUUGUUAUUGGUCCCAAGAAGCUUCCUAUCUGCAUUUGCUUCUAGGCACUGCCCGAACAACACGAAUGCGAGAAUCUCCAAAUCACUUUAGCUCGACCAUGUGCACUCUUCUAAAAAGCCACAUGGUAAAACAAAUAGCCCUCCAUAGUACCUAGCAUGAUAAAUAAUAUGAAUUAGCCAGUGAAUCGGCUGGUCUACUCCUGCUGUCACAUGCUUCGCCCGGGAACUCAGUACGCCGCCCAGGCUCUUCAGCGCUCUUCUGUUUGACAAUGGCAAACAAGCAGUGCCCAUUGUGAAAGCUCUAUGACAUUCUUGUUUGAUUUGUCACGCAGUUUAUCAAAGCAAAAAAAAAAAAAAGGUUAAUAAAGUGAA